GAAGAGUUGUUCUUCCGGUGUCAGAGGCAACUGCUAAUCCUAGAAGAAGAAGCAAGAUCCGAAGAAAAUCGACCGAAACCGAAGAAAACAACAAAAAUCAUGUCGCACACCAUCCUGCUCGUGCAGCCCACCAAGAGGCCAGAGGGGAGGACGUACGCUGACUAUGAGUCUGUCAACGAGUGUAUGGAAGGUGUGUGUAAAAUGUACGAGGAACAUUUGAAGAGAAUGAACCCCAACAGUCCUUCAAUCACAUACGACAUCAGCCAGCUGUUCGACUUCAUCGAUGACCUCGCCGACCUCAGCUGCUUGGUUUACCGUGCCGACACACAGACGUACCAGCCGUACAACAAGGACUGGAUCAAAGAGAAGAUCUACGUGCUGCUUCGCCGUCAGGCUCAGCAGGCGGGAAAGUGAAGCGGUGGACGCGGGGAGGAGGAGGAGGUGGUGAUGGGGGUCGAUGUUGAUUUUUCUUAUCUGUAACUUGUGUGAAUUGAUUUGAAGCUGUUCUGAGAAGUUUUUAACAAAGUUUUGAUCCUUUUUGUUUUUUUCUCACGGUGGGCGGUGCGUUUUGUAUUUGAAUAUUUGACUUAUUAAAAAGAUUUUCUUUCAAUAA